UUGUGCGGCGCGGCCGGGGCGAUGCUGUCGGGGGGCAAGAAGGGCGCGGAGGCGGCGGCGGGCGGCGAGGGCGGGCCUGAGGCUCCGGUGCCUCCGCCCGCCGCCGCGGGGGCCCCGGGCUCCUCUGCCGAGAGCGGCGGCGCUGCGGAGCGCACGCCCCGCAAGAAGGAGCCGCCGCGGGCCUCGCCCCCGGGCGCUCUGUCCGAGCCGCCGGCAGCCGGGGCCGGCCCUGCGCCCGGCGCCGAGACCACGGGCACCGCCGAGACCCCCGAGGGCCGCAGGACCAGCCGGCGCAAGCGGGCCAAGGUGGAGUAUAGAGAGAUGGAUGAGAGUCUUGCAAACCUGUCAGAAGAUGAGUAUUACUCUGAGGAAGAGAGAAAUGCUAAGGCUGAGAAGGAGAAGAAACUGCCGCCACCACCUCCACCAGCUCCUGCAGAAGAGGAGAAUGAAAGCGAGCCGGAGGAGCCGUCUGGGCAAGCAGGAGGACUUCAAGACGACAAUUCUGGAGGGUAUGGAGACGGCCAAGCAUCAGGUGUGGAGGGUGCAGCUUUCCAGAGUAGACUUCCACAUGACCGUAUGACAUCUCAAGAAGCUGCCUGCUUCCCUGAUAUAAUCAGUGGGCCACAGCAGACCCAGAAGGUGUUUCUGUACAUCAGGAACCGCACUCUGCAGCUCUGGCUGGAUAACCCAAAGAUUCAGUUGACGUUUGAGGCAACUAUCCAACAAUUAGAAGCACCUUAUAAUAGUGAUACGGUGCUCGUUCACAGAGUACACAGCUACCUGGAGCGGCACGGGCUCAUCAACUUCGGGAUCUACAAGAGAGUGAAGCCCCUUCCAACCAAGAAGACUGGAAAGGUGAUCAUCAUCGGAUCUGGAGUCUCUGGGUUGGCAGCAGCUCGCCAGUUGCAGAGUUUUGGAAUGGAUGUCACAGUUCUGGAAGCCAGGGACCGAGUAGGAGGAAGAGUUGCGACCUUCCGCAAAGGGAACUAUGUUGCUGACCUCGGAGCAAUGGUGGUGACAGGACUUGGAGGAAAUCCCAUGGCUGUGGUCAGCAAACAAGUGAAUAUGGAAUUGGCUAAGAUCAAACAAAAAUGCCCACUUUAUGAAGCAAAUGGACAAGCUGUUCCAAAAGAGAAAGAUGAAAUGGUGGAGCAAGAAUUUAAUCGUCUGCUGGAAGCCACAUCCUACCUCAGUCAUCAGCUGGAUUUUAACGUUCUCAAUAAUAAGCCUGUCUCCCUAGGUCAGGCUCUGGAGGUUGUCAUACAGUUGCAGGAGAAGCAUGUGAAGGAUGAGCAGAUUGAACACUGGAAAAAAAUAGUGAAAACACAGGAGGAAUUGAAAGACCUUCUUAACAAGAUGGUGAAUUUAAAAGAGAAGAUUAAAGAACUUCAUCAGCAGUAUAAGGAAGCAUCAGAAGUGAAGCCACCUCGAGAUAUUACAGCAGAGUUCCUUGUGAAAAGCAAACACAGAGAUCUGACUGCCCUUUGCAAGGAGUAUGAUGAAUUGGCAGAAACACAAGGAAAGCUGGAGGAGAAGUUACAAGAACUUGAAGCCAAUCCUCCAAGUGAUGUUUACCUGUCAUCAAGGGACAGGCAAAUACUCGACUGGCACUUUGCAAACCUAGAAUUUGCCAAUGCCACACCCCUGUCUACGCUUUCACUGAAGCACUGGGACCAGGAUGAUGACUUUGAGUUCACAGGCAGUCACUUGACUGUGAGGAAUGGCUAUUCCUGUGUGCCUGUAGCCUUAGCAGAAGGCUUGGAUAUUAAAUUGAACACAGCAGUGCGCCAGGUUCGCUACACAGCAUCAGGUUGUGAAGUGAUAGCUGUAAAUACCCGAUCUACGAGCCAGACUUUCAUUUACAAAUGUGAUGCUGUGCUGUGCACUCUUCCCUUGGGAGUAUUGAAGCAGCAGCCUCCAGCAGUACAGUUUGUGCCACCUCUUCCUGAGUGGAAAACUUCGGCAGUUCAGCGUAUGGGGUUCGGCAACCUCAACAAGGUCGUGUUGUGCUUUGAUCGCGUCUUCUGGGAUCCAAGCGUCAAUCUGUUUGGUCAUGUUGGUAGCACUACUGCAAGCAGAGGAGAACUUUUCCUGUUUUGGAACCUGUACAAAGCACCGAUUCUGUUGGCCUUGGUAGCAGGAGAAGCAGCAGGAAUCAUGGAAAACAUCAGCGAUGAUGUCAUUGUUGGACGGUGCCUUGCCAUCCUCAAAGGCAUCUUUGGGAGCAGCGCUGUGCCUCAGCCUAAGGAAACGGUGGUGUCCCGCUGGCGCGCUGACCCGUGGGCCCGGGGCUCCUACUCCUAUGUCGCAGCCGGCUCCUCUGGCAAUGACUAUGAUUUGAUGGCUCAGCCGAUUACUCCAGGACCAGCCAUUCCGGGUGCUCCGCAGCCGAUUCCUCGCCUGUUUUUUGCGGGGGAGCACACAAUUCGCAACUACCCCGCCACCGUUCACGGGGCUCUGCUGAGCGGGCUGAGGGAAGCCGGCCGCAUCGCAGACCAGUUUCUUGGGGCCAUGUACACUUUGCCUCGCCAGCCUACGCCGGGCGUCCCCCCCCAGCAAGCUGCCGGCAUGUAAGGGAAGUGGAAGGUGUC